CAGACAAACGGACAGGACAGCAGGACAGACGGGUGUUAGGUCGGUAGAGACUGUUGAGCGUGAUGACAGAACAGUGUGUGAACCAGCAGACAUCGCAGGACGAUGCCAGGAAGUGUAACAGAGGAACUGCAAAGCGUGAGGAAAGGGAUUAUCAUUCAGACGUAGAAAAUGUGGAGGAGCGGCAGAGAUAUGAGAGGAUGGUCAGCGAGUCUCUGCAGGCUGUUGAUCCGGACCAACAGGAGCUCUCAGGCAGAAGGAAACCAGCAUUAGUCAGGUCAAAGACCUUCGACCACUCCCUGCUGACUCAGGUCCAGACAGACUCAAACCAUAAGAUAGAGAGAAAGAAGUCUCACUACAGCCAGCUUUCAAAGAGCAACUGCCAGUACCAUAAAAUAUUUAAGGAAAUCAGCAAAGAGGAACAGCUCAGACAGAGUUACACCUGUGCUCUGCAGAAAGACAUCCUCUACCAGGGACGAAUGUUUGUCUCUGACCACUGGAUCUGCUUCCACUCCAAGGUGUUUGGCAAAGACACAAAGAUCGCCAUCCCAGUGAUAUCCGUCACUCACAUCAAGAAAACCAAAACUGCCAUCCUGGUGCCAAACGCUCUGGUGAUCGCCACCGCCAAUGACAGGUACGUAUUCGUGUCCUUCCUGUCCAGAGACAACACCUACAAGAUCUUGAUGUCCGUCUGUCUCCAUCUGGAGGAGAAGAGUCCAUGCAGCAGCCCCAUCCCCUCCUCAGCUGAGAACAGCUUCAGAGGUCAGAGGUCACCUCUAUCGCCUCGCUUUCCUCUGAAUUUUCCAGGUGAUUUCAGCGAUCUGGACGGAGCAGUGAGACAGCGGAGGCAGGAGUUGGAGGAAAGCAGCAGCUCUGACUCCCAGACCCCUGACUAUGAGAAGAUAGCAGAGUUCCCUGUUCCUCCAUUUCUGGAUGUGUUGAAGCACACAGAAGGUGCAGCUCCUCCUGAACAUCCAGACCAUCAGCACAAAGCGAAGAACCAGCAUCAGAAACAGCCGAGCCCAGACAACAAGCAGCAUGACACACACCACGCUGGCUCUGAGCUGGUGAUUGACAGCAGAACUCUGAAACCAGUUUCUCUCAACACUGUGCUGUUUGUCUACCUGUUUCUAGUGUGUUUCCUGGUCUUGUCUUCCUGUUACCUGGCCUUUAAGAUUGUUUCAUUGGAGCAGAGACUGACGACGCUUGGCUCCAUCAGCGACUUCACCCACCAAGAAAAUGACUUUCUGAAGGGGAGUGACGUGAACACAGAUCUUUUCUCUGAACUACUGACCAUCAACCUGGUGAAGCUUGAGAAGGUGCAGAAGAACCUGCAGAGGCUGCUGGAUGAAGCUGCGUGAAUGUACUGGAAACCAGUACAUUAAGAUGAAAGCUGUAUACAGUUCUGUAAAUACACUGUAAAUAUAUAGUUUAUUAUAGUGGAUGUUACAACCUGACAAUACUGAGAUGUAUUGGACUUACAUAAAGGGCUUGGAAAUUAUGAUACGCACAAUCACUUUAAAUACUGUUUUCAUUGCAGCUGUAACCACACCCAGUGGUGAUGUCAUUGUAUACAGGCACACUACUGCAGUAAGGUGAAAAUUUAACCCACUGGAGGUGAGCAAAAACAAGAUUUUCAGCUUAUUUUGUUAAGUAGCUCUUGUAACUGCAAUUACAGGCCAACCUGUGGUUACUGUUUCAUCUGCUGAUUAGAAAUCAAACCUCCUGGUUAAAUACAAUAGUAUUGUAAUAGUGUUGCAUUUGCUUGAUGCAAAUGUAAUAGAAACAGUAGUAUUUUAAAGGGUCUGACACUUCAAGAGAACAGUUUUGGAAGGCAGUGGUAUUGCUCAUUAUAUUUUUCUCUCUGUGAAACAAAAUAUUUUUUCUCAGCUACUGUUGCUGUAUUAACUUUUAAUGAAGUGAAAGUUUGGAUGUUUUUCGGCCAAUUCACUCAGGCGUAUGUUAACAGUACUGUGCAUCUGACUAGAUCAAGGCUGUGUUCUCAGCGGUGCAUUUAUCUUCUGACUUUUGCCUUGUUAGACUGAUCCCAUUGAUGUUCUCUCAGCCGACUGAAAUAGCAAACACAGAAAUGACAUGUAGGACUGACAACCAGCUCUGGACUUCAGCCUUCAUUGGCCUGGCUGGAGCUGCUUUUGUAGAUACUUCACAACCCCUGACUGGGUUUAUCUCAUGCUACCUUAAGGCUGUCAUUUCUGAUGUAAACUAGAAAUGCAUAAAACCUACAGUGCAAUGUAGCAGGUAGUUAGCUGCUGCCUCAGCCUUUAUGGGGACCCAACAGCUCUUUUCCGCUUCAGUGACCUGAGGCUUCUUGUUACAUGGUGGCUUUAAACCUCUGACACUGUUAACACAGAACCUUUGGUUAAACUAACUGUAUGUAUUGAUGCAUCAGCUGAAUAACUUGACAUGCAGCUGUAACCACAUGUGUAAACAUCAUUAAGCUUAUUAUGAUUCAUAACAGAGAUUUACAUAAUAGACUGUUACAGGAAUGGCUGUGAUUCUGUAAAUAUAGGGAAUUAUACACAGAGGGUCUAUACACAGAUUUACUCAUUUUAUUUUCCUCUGUUGGGGAAUGAAGUUCUAUUUUGAAAUAAAGUUUU